AUGGGUUACAAAUUGUGUUCAGUUCCACAAUGUCCAAACACAACGAAGAGAACUCCUCGUAAACUUUUUGUGAGUGUCCCGAAAGAUAUCAAAGUGCGUCGGAUGUGGAUGAAAUUAUCUCGGAGGGAUCACAAUGAUAUUUCGAGGAAUUCAAAUAUAUUUUUUUGCGAAGACCAUUUCGAUUUGGAGAAUGACAUGGAAAAUUACUACCAACACAAAAUGGGAUUCAGUCAAAAAAUUCUUUUAAAAGAGAAUGUUUUGCCUUCGAAAUUUCAUUGCCAGACAGAUCGCAUCAAAAGGAUGUGUAACGUUGGUACUCCCCGAUCUGCGUUUGCCAAACGGCAAAGACUGGAAGAACAAUGUUUACACCCUAACCAAUCAACUCCUAAAACCCCAAAAAACCUACAAUCUGUAAUAACCAAUGAUGAUCCUAUUACUAUAGAAGUUGAAGCUUGUCCAGAAAGUGUGUUACAUGCAAAAACAAUAGAAGUAUCCCAAAAAUGUGAUGACAAUGCAGCAACUGAACCUCUUGUUAUAAUUGAAAAAUCCGUCAAUUGUGAGUCCAUAAAUAAAGCACAGACAAGAAGCUAUGCAGUGCAAAGAAAGUCCGGAAGACGAGUGAAAUCUACUUCUCUCAAACCAACUGUUUCAUCAACUUGCACAUCUCCGUUUGAGAUAAAUUCAUGCUUUUGUCAUGAGCAACCAACCACACCUGGUUCUAAUAAUAAUAUAGAAAGAAUUACCUCUUUGGAAGAUAAACAAUCUGAGAAUGAUCCUCUACAAUACGAUUCUUCAUCACUUGCAGCAGAAUCAAAGGCGGUGGAAAAAAAGAAGUUGUUCAAAUGCAAUCUAUGCAUACGCUUUUACUCAGACGAAAAAGCGUUAGAGCGACAUAUUUCUCUGCAUAAGAAUGUCACGGCUGGAGUCCAAAGACAAGUCACCCGCGAUGUUCCUGCGAAGGUAGUCAGCAAAAGUGGCAGAAAGCAGCCAGUCGGGAAAGCAUGUUACUUGUGUCCUGUUUGCCGAAAGACGUUUCCAUCGAUGUUUGUAGCUGAGAAGCACCUGGAAGUAUACCAUAAUAAGGGAAAGCUAUACCCGCCACCCCUGGUGGAGUGUAAGUCGUUACAAUGCACAGUAAAUGAUACAGAACGACACAAGUGCAAGGACGACGACGUGAGCCAAGCGAAGUCGUCGAUAAUAUGCGCCAAGUGCCAUAAAGUUUUUAACAGUCAGCACAAAUUUGACACACAUGUACAAGUCAUGCACAAUCAACUGUUGGAGUAUUUAUUUUUUCCCACUUCGCAAGAAUUUAUGACAUGGCUGACAAAUACGGAGAUUAACUCACGCUGUAAGUACGCAUCAGAGGCGUACAAUGGAAAAGAGUACUACUAUUGUUCCCAAGGUGAACACGAACAGAGAUGCCCGGCACUUAUCAUAGUGGAGAGCUAUAAUGGAGGGUUCCUGACAUACUUUUAUCACAGCCACUACAACCACCCGUAUUGUGAUUACAAGGUUGGAUCAUCUUACAAGAAAUACCACAUCACAGACCUCGUCAAGACAGCUAUGCCUCUGCCCGAAAUAGACCCUUAUCUGUGUUUCAAGAAUCUAAUGGAGAAUUUAAUCGUUAAAGCCGCUAAGCUUCAAGCCGCUGCCCUCAAUGACCUCACAGGAAAAGCUCUCUCUAUGGCCCUCGCAUUCAACAAUUACGACGACGAAGUACUUAAUUUACCACAAGUUGUAACGUCAGCGCCGGUGCAGAUAUUUUUAACAGAUGAACAAAUAUCGCAGGAGUUGCACAAUGAUUUAGCUCCAAAAGUUGUUAACAGCUUCUCCCUAGUAGUGAAUCCGGAAACUUGUGGAGAUGACACGGAAACUGGUGACGAAAUCAACGGCGAUAUAGAUAAACAGAUUUUAAAAAGUAACAGUGAUAAUUUACAUAAGAAGAAAAUGACUGAAUUGAACACAGAUGCAGCAAAGGAUGGGAAAACCUAUUUUUUAGAUACAUAUAAGGAUUUUGUGCAUAAAAACUUUGUGGAGCCGAUAAGGAAAUUCUCGGCUUGUAAAACAAAUCUGCCUAGACAACCACGAGUGGCAAAUUAUUUCAGAGUGCCUGCCAAAGUUGUAAAAUAUAAGCCCACUACUAGCCUGACCAAUGGAAGUACCAGAUGUAACUCUACUGAAAUGACGAAUAACUACGAAACGCGGACACCAAAUUUAACUGCUCCACUAAGCCAAUUAACUACUGAUAACAAACAAAUUGCACAAAGAAACAUGCCUAGCGCAAAUAAUAAAACAUCCAAUGUGGUCGAUAUGACAAACUUAGAUGUAAACAUUGUUCCUCAAUGCUUACCUAGAAACAGUGUGCCGGGUAUUUUCCCAGAACCACCAUCCAAUGACUCACCAAGUGCUAGGGAAACAAUAAAAAUGGAGAAUAUACAAAAUAAUGAUAUCCCACAAGAUAUGCUGUUAACAGGAGAAAUUAAGACAGAAAGAGAACCUAUUGAGGAGUUGGAUCAAGUACAGAUAGAGGAUAGUACGGAAAACAUAAAACAAAAAGUAAUCAGGAAAAGAUUGACGGUCAAGACAGAUGAACCACCUGAUAAAAGAAUAAAAGUACCUAUAGUAUUAGAUGGCAUUGUGCCAAAAGAAGAAGUAAUAGAUGAGUCUCCCACUAUGCCUAAGUCAACAGCAAGCACACUGGAUGUUUUUAAAGUGAGUCCAAAAAAAAUUGACAUUUACAAAGUGAUUGUACAAGAGAGUGACUGUAAUAUACUAGUUUUGAAGUUAUAA